UUCUAUAAACAGGAUGGUCGCUAGCUCUUCAAGAUUAUUCUACUAAUGUAAAUAUAGGGGCAUUGCAGCAAUUGGACAUUAGGUUCUCUUUGUCAUUCCAUCAGUUUUUUGAAUCUUUCUUGUGCACCUGUAGUUGUAUUGUGAUGGGGCACACACCCAACAGCCAUUCUACCAAAGGAGAGAAGAAAGGUCCCUGGACACCUGAAGAAGAUUUCCUGUUGACAAAAUAUAUAGAAACUCAUGGUGAAGGACAAUGGCGAACCCUGCCUAAAAAAGCAGGUUUGCAACGAUGUGGAAAAGGUUGCAGACUACGGUGGAUGAAUUACUUGAGGCCGAACGUAAAACGAGGCAACAUAUCUACAGAGGAGGAAGAUCUCAUUGUCAGAUUGCACAAGCUCCUUGGCAAUCGAUGGUCUCUGAUUGCAGGUCGAGUGCCGGGCCGAACAGACAAUGAAAUAAAAAACUACUGGAACACUCGUUUGAGCAGGAAGCUUCGGAACAAUGGCAAGAAGCAGAGAACAGAUUGUAUGAGCAAUGCCACUGAAAUCUUCAAUGAAGAAUUUGUAGAUUGCAUGAAUCAGAAACACCACCAUCCUUCAAGAAGCCUCGUAUCCAGCACAGUUUUCGAGGGCUCAGAUUCUAUUGACUCCAAUUUGCAGUAUUUUCUGCAGGGAGAGGCUUCUCUAAACAUAAAUAUAUGGGGGGAGGAGUUCCUAUAUAAUCCAAUGGAUGGUGAAUUAAGUCAAAUGAUUAAUGCACAAAACCAUGUUUCUUCCUCUACCAAUCAACAGCAAUAUAAUACCAGUAUCAGUCAUCCAUGGCCAUAUUUGGUGGGAGAUCUCGUUUCUUCACGGGAAAUGCCCAAUCAAUCAAUCAAAUCAGUGGACCCACUAAAAGGCGAGAGGCCCACUAUAUCUGAUUACAAUGACAGGGACUUCAUGAGAUCUAGUCCAGUAUUCUCUGAUGAGGCGCAGUUUCUGUCCACAGUAUUUGGCCAAUCCAUUGAUGGUUUUGAUGUGGGCAAUUGCCCGUACGAGGCAAGCGAGAAUCUGAAUGCAUCAGAUUAUCCGGAAUUACUUGAAAGUUGCUUCCCUCAGUUUGUUUGAUAGCAUUGUAUUAGAAAAAAUUGAAUCCUUUCUUGAAAGUUCACGUUACUUAAAUUAGUUUGAACAGAAAUGUUUCAUUCAGGUAUGUCAGACUUCGGUCUCUUCAUACACCGUUUACAGUUCGUUUUUUCUGUAAUCAUUGUGCCGAUUUAGUUAAAUGUAUUUUGUGUU